CGAGUCGCGCACUGCGCCCGCUCGUGUCCCGGGUCCCUGUCCCGUCCCCACCCUCUCUGGGUCGGUUCUCCAGGCCGAGGCUUUGCUCCCGGGCUCCGCCCCCACGUGCCCUCGGGAGUCCCGGGGAGGAGCUGCCGCGCGGGAGGAGGCGUGGCCGUGGUGCAGGCAGAGGCGCGGGCGGCGCGGCCGGGACUUUGGCUUUGACACCGACAGGGAGCGGGAGUCGUGCGCUGCUGCCUGCUGCGGACGCGAUCCCGGCGGAUUCCGUGUCCAAGUCGGGAGCAGGACUUUUUGCCUAGAUCAACGCAGCUGCAGCAACGCGGCAAGUACUGGUGCAGCCUCAAGACUUGGUGCAGCCGCGGCCGCCGGAUUCGCCGCUGCUGCCGCCUCCGCGCAGCCCUGCAGCUCCUGCAGCUCCUGCGUGCUUUGGUAGAGAGACCCAAAUAGUUUCUCCCGCAGGAAGAGCUGGGACGCGCGGCCCGAGGCAGCGUGGGAAGGCCCCAGAGGCCACCCCGGGGACCCGCACCCGCCCGGGCGCCACGGCUGGAGGCAGUGGGCCCGCGCUGUCCCAGGCUGGGCUCAGGCUUCUGAGCCGCAGGUGGAAGAAGGACGCCCUGGGGGAGCGGCCGACAGGCGGCCAAGUUUGAAAGGUACUUUUGGACGUUUUGGGCAUGGAGCUUUAGUGUUUAUCUAUGGUAACCGUUUUGUUCCCUAAGUCCUGGGCUUUCCAUUCUUCUGUGCCUGUAAGGUCUGCUGGACUUUUUCCCUAGCCAGAAAGUUCUUCUGCGGUGGUGAGGCCUUUCUGGGCCCCUGAUCUUGGCCGGCCAUGGGGAGCACCCUGGGCUGCCACCGCUCCAUACCCCGGGACCCCUCGGACCUGUCCCAUAGCCGCAAGUUCAGCGCGGCCUGUAACUUCAGCAACAUCCUUGUAAAUCAGGAGCGGCUCAACAUCAACACGGCCACAGAGGAGGAGCUGAUGACCCUACCCGGGGUGACUCGUGCGGUGGCACGCAGCAUCGUGGAGUACCGCGAGUACAUCGGUGGCUUCAAGAAGGUGGAGGACCUGGCACUGGUCAGUGGCGUGGGCGCCACCAAGCUGGAGCAGGUCAAGUUUGAGAUCUGCGUGAGCAGCAAGGGCAGCUCUGCGCAGCACUCUCCCAGUUCCCUGCGGCGGGACCUGCUGUCUGAGCAGCAGCCUCACCACCUGGCCACCGCAGUGCCCCUUACCCCGCGAGUCAAUAUCAACACGGCCACCCCAGCUCAGCUCAUGAGUGUGCGAGGCGUCACAGAGAAGAUGGCUGCCAGCAUUGUGGACUACCGCCGCGAGCAUGGGCCCUUCCGCAGCGUUGAGGACCUGGUGAGGAUGGGUGGCAUCAAUGCCGCCUUCCUGGACAGGAUACGGCACCAGGUAUUUGCGGAGCGGUCCAGGCCCCCAUCCACCCACACCAACGGGGGCCUGACCUUCACCGCCAAGCCUCACCCCAGCCCCACCUCACUGAGUCUGCAGAGUGAGGACCUGGACCUGCCGCCAGGGGGGCCCACACAGAUUAUCUCCACUCGUCCUUCAGUGGAGGCCUUUGGAGGCACAAGAGAUGGGCGGCCCGUGCUGAGGUUGGCCACUUGGAACUUGCAGGGCUGCUCCGUGGAGAAGGCCAACAACCCAGGAGUGAGGGAAGUGGUGUGCAUGACGAUCCUGGAAAACAGCAUCAAGCUUCUAGCUGUACAAGAACUGCUUGACAGAGAAGCCUUGGAAAAGUUCUGUGCUGAACUAAACCAACCGAUCCUGCCCAACAUGCGCAAAUGGAGGGGGCCCCGGGGAUGCUGGAAAGCCAUCGUUGCGGAGACACCCUCCACUCAGCUCCAGAAGGGGGCUGGGUUCUCAGGAUUCCUGUGGGACACGGCGGCUGGGGUGGAGCUGAGAGAUGCCACCGCGCAGGAGUGCUCACCUGGCAAUGGGCACGGGAAGCCCACGGGUCCCAGCCCGUACUUUGCAUGGUUCAAGGUGGGAACUAAUGAUCUGACCAUUGUGAACCUUCACCUGGCGACCCUGACCUUCCCAGGAGGAGAGAAUCCAAGCAAGAAUCACAGUGACAGCCUCCGCCUGGCUGGCUUUGCACAAACCUUGCAGGAGACCCUGAAAGGAGAAAAAGAUAUGAUUGUUUUGGGGGAUUUUGGCCAGGGCCCAGACAGCAGUGACUAUGACAUCUUGAGGAAAGAAAAAUUCUACCCCCUAAUCGCUGCACACACCUUCACCAACAUCAGCACCAAGAAUCCCCAAGGCUCCAAGUCUCUGGACAACAUCUGGAUCAGCAAAAGCCUAAAGAAGGUUUUCACAGGUCACUGGGCUGUAGUGAGAGAAGGCCUCACUAACCCUUGGAUUCCAGAUAACUGGUCCUGGGGCGGAGUGGCAUCUGAGCACUGCCCUGUGCUAGCCGAGUUUUACACUGAGAAGGACUGGAACAAGAAGGAAGGCCCUCGGAACGGGGACGGGGUCACUGUGGAGCGAAGCGAAGCUCACAUUAAGCACGAGCGAUGAUGACGCCACCUCGACUUUCCCACCUGCUGACCGUGGAGGGUUGAGGCAGGGAGCCCGUCCUUCCAGGUGAAGAUGGAGAGCCAGCACUGCCUUUCAGUCUUUAUCCAGGGCCUUGACCUGCCUGCCUUCUCUGUGGGUGCUUCGGGACCUCUCACAGCGGACGGAGGUGCUGGAUGGUCACAUCAGAAGCCCAGGGGACAGCUGACAUGUCCUCUGAUCUGUGGAUGCCGCCGACCUCAGCAGACCGACGCUGGCCGUCUGCCGUGCCUGGAGCCAUGCACAGCGGCCAGCAGUGGAUGCUGAAAGGGAAGGAGUCGGUGGGAGCCAUCUCCGACUGCUGCGGCCUGUGUGAGCAAUACCGGAAGCUCCUGUUUCUGACCACUGGUCUGUGAUGUUCUGGCUCCAAUUCCAUAAAGCUUUUAACUGUGAUCAAGCACUCUUCUCAAAUACUGAGUGGUAAUUUUUAGUUUCAUUUUGAAAAAUAAACAGAGAUGAAUCUGC